UGGAGCAGAGUCGACGUCAGGAGUAAACACACACAUCAGAAGUCAGCAGCACUGGAGACGGAGACGUUCGACUUGAUACGACAGUUGAAUCAUUAACAGGUUGUUGGUUUAAUAACUCGACUACAACCAGUAACUACAACCAGUUUGCUGGGAGAGAACCCAGUGACGUCUACAUGCCAGUGACUGAGAUGUCGUGGCGGUCGUCUUUCCGCUGCCCGAAGUUUCGCCACGUCUUCGGAAAACCGGCAACCAAAGAGCACAGCUACGACGGCGUGCCAAUCACACGCAGCGUCCAUGACAACCACCACUGCUCGGCCAAUCCCUGCUUCAUCGCCGUGGUGACCGAGUGUGCCGGGGGCGGGUCCUUUCUAGUCCUGCCCAUCCAUCACACAGGGAGGGUGGAUCCUCAGCACCCCCGGGUGUGUGGUCACAGUGGACGAGUCCUGGACGUCAGAUGGAACCCGUUUGACGAUCACUGCAUCGCCUCGUGCUCCGAGGACUUUACCGUUAAGAUCUGGGACAUCCCCGUCUGUGGCGUCCAACAGAACUUAACCAAGGCCAGGAAGACUCUGAUUGGUCACUCCAGGAGGGUGGGGCUCAUUGAGUGGCAUCCAACAGCUGAAAACCUGCUGCUUAGCUCCGCCUACGACUACAAGGUCCUCCUCUGGGACGUGUCCCAGGCAGGUGCAGUGAUCAGGCUCCCGGUCCGCGUGGUCCUGAUGCCCGUCCACCACCGCUACCCGUCUGAGGCGCUGCUGCUUUCCGUUAGCUUCAACAGCGACGGCAGCAGGUUGGCGGUCUCGUCCAAAGACAGACGGGUUCGAGUCCUGGACCCGCGGACAGGAAAGAUUUUACAAGUUUCCAGAAAUAAGUCCCACAGGGCCAGUAAGGUUUUAUACAUCAGAGGGUUGAAGAUGCUUCUGUCCACUGGCAGCUCGCCCUGGAACCACAGGCAGAUCGUCCUCUGGGACCCAAACGACUUGUCUGAGCCUCUGUACGAAGAGGAUUUGGACGGUUCUGCCGGAGUCCUCUUUCCGUUCUACGACCCGGACACUCACAUGCUCUACUUGGCUGGAAAGGGCGACGGGAACAUCCGGUUCUACGAGCUGAGCGCGGAGAAGCCGUACAUUAGCUUCCUCAGCGAGUUCCGGUCCCUGCUGCCACAGAAAGGACUCGGGGUGAUGCCCAAACGUGGCCUGGACGUGAGCGUCUGUGAGGUUUUCAGAUUCUAUCGUCUCAUUGCCGUCAAAGACCUGGUGGAGCCGCUGUCGCUGAUCGUACCUCGCAAAGAAUCGGGUGUUUUCCAAGAGGAUCUGUACCCGAUGACAGCAGGAAACCAGGCGGCCAUGACGGCUCAGGAGUGGCUGUCAGGGAUCGACCGGGGCCCAGUGCUGAUGUCCCUGAAGCCUGCGACUCGAGUGGCCAACCCCUACCCAGAAACCCCCGCUGAGAAGGGAGUGGUGAGGCAGCUGAGCAGCCUCAGGUUCCAGAUGAGCCCAGCUGUGGGUGCGCUGACCGGGACACAUCUGGACUUAAAGGAAGAGGCUUUCCUCCAGGAGCAGCUGGCCUACCAGGACGCCAAAUACCCAAGAGACCUUAGCGACCUGUCGGGGUGGCAACCGGACGAGACCCAGAUCCCGCUGUGGAUGUACUGCUGCACCCCCCACUGCUGCGAGCCCGCAGAGAGGCCGCCGCCCACCACCGAGAGCGAGCUCCUGCAAACGUUUUACAGGCAGCAAGACGAGAUCCGAGGCCUGAGGGAACGCGUCAGUCAGAGAGACGUGAGAAUCGCUCAACUGGAGCUGGACAUCAAACACACGAGAAACAACAUGAGGGCGACUUUCUGAUUCCACCAAUCAAACCUCACGCUGCCGUUUCCCCAACAAACCAAAUACUGUUCUGCCUCCAGUCGGAUUCCUUGGGUUGAUUAGUUCAUAAUCGAAUCAGCCCACGCAGGCCCAUUAUUAACAUGUGGUUCAUUCACUGUUAAUACUGGAUUAUACGAGAAUAUUCAAUGACUCCUCGUUAGUGAUCGCUAAUCAAAUAAAAAUCUGGAUUUAGUUGAUUUUCUCAAACUGAGCUGUUAACCUGUAACUGAUCCACAGUGGACGAGAUGAACUCUACAUAAAGAGGAUUGUCUGAUCAGGUAUAAACUCCAGAGUAUUAGAUCCACAUGGAAGAAAAUACAAUUCUGAAAAUUCAAGUAUAACAUUAUGAGUAAAGAAAGUCGUAACAUUAUUAAAACAAAGUUAUAAUUUAA